CAGAAAGUCGUAGGGCCCGUCCAGCAACAUCCAUACAUAUUAUACGCAGUAAUUCUGAGGAGAAUGUUCACUUGCUCAUUGUUGUCCUUGAAGAUAGGCUAAAAUACGAUUGCUGGCGAUAUACGAGUGUUAUACGUGAAUCGGACGAGCCAUCGUUGCAGAUUGUAUCGCGACAUGGCUGGCCAACUUGGACUAAGCAUCCUCAGUGCCCUGGUCGUCAUUGCCUGUCAAAGUGCUGCUGUGCCACUGACUGGGCACAGUUUUUGUCCUCAGGUUGGCGUAGCCCUGAAAUGGACAUCUGAUUCCAACCUUUACAACUUUACAAAUGGCCAUGAUAUAUGCAACCUACACAAUGGGACAUUACUGAGUGCAAGAGCGUUCACGUCGGGAUGCACGUCACAUGAUGUUCCCCAUCCUGCCUGGAUCGACCAGUUUGAGCAUGGAAAAAACGAUAAUAUUGCAUAUGUCACUGGAUCACCAGACUCUUCCACUCGUUACCUGAACGCCUCAAUACACGUCGUGUGCGAAAUACGUGUGCCACUGACUGGGCACAGAUAUUGUCCUCAGGUUGGCGCAGUCCUGAAAUGGACACCCGAUUCCACCCAUUUCAACUUUACAAAUGGCCAUGAUAUAUGCAACUUACACAAUGGUACAUUACUGAGUGCAAGAGCAUUCACGUCGGGAUGCACAUCACAUGAUGUUCCCCAUCCUGCCUGGAUCGACCAGUUUGAGCAUGGAAAAAACGAUAAUAUUGCAUAUGUCACUGGAUCACCAGACUCUUCCACUCGUUACCUGAACGCCUCAAUACACGUCGUGUGCGAAAUACCUGUGAAGUGUGCUGUACCUGCAAUUACCGAUGGUGUAACUGACCGGUUAGUGCUUCAAUACCAGGAAAAUGUUACUUAUUCCUGCACAAAGAAUCUAACUUUAGUGGGUGUUGCCACACAAGUUUGCACAGCUAAUGGAAGUCUUUCUUCUGUGCCGCCUCGCUGUACCUUCCCAGCAUCUCUGACAUCAGCGGAAUUCAGAUGUCCAUACUAUCCAUCGACAAUCCUGAAGUACUUCCCUGUUGAUAUGACCUUCGCCAAAGCAACUGAUCAUUGCAAGGCGUUUAAUGCAAAAAUAGCGACAAGAACUUCCUGCGUGAAGGAAUUUCUUAGUACCUCAGAGAGCAAUCCGGUUGCGUGGUUGGCCCAGAAAAGCGAGGGGUUGCAGUAUGCUAGUGACGGCAAAAAAUAUGAUGUAACAUCUGACCCAGCACUCAAGCACAAGGUUGUGUGUGAAACUGCACCGGAGGGUAGUCACACGUGCCUGAAGACUAGAGCUCACAUUGGUUUGUACGCCAACAAAGCUACACUGGUACAGGCAAAGGAGCAAUGCAGACGUCUGGGAGGACGGCUACCCGCUGGGAGCGACGAGGCAGAUUGCCUAAUGCACGCCAUGCACUUAGCGGGCGAUCGUUCAGUUGCCUACAAAACCAAGCCAUGGGUGCUCAGCUAUGAUGAAAGGCCACUUUAUCCGCACUCUAACUCCUAUUAUACACUCUACGAUACCAAUAAAAUUGAUGUCAAGAUGUCAAAAUCCUUAAAAUUCCACACUGUGUCCUGUGCCUUCAAUCUGAGGGAAUACUUCUGCGAAUUGCCUGUUGGUGAAACGGGAGUAACAAUGGUUCACUAUCCUGGCAGGACAUUUGAUACUGAAAGAGAGAACUUCUGCGGCAAUCAAAAUGCCCGCAUGGCAAUUAACGGCAGUGUUCGUGAAAAUAGAUGUAUUGAGGAGUUUAGAGAUUUGAUUCACAAAACCACGGGUCACUGGGAAGAAAACCUACAGAACCAGGUGUGCGUUUUCAGUCCUCGUGAUGUCUACUGCGAAACAACAGGGCGGAAACUUAGAUUUUACCCACAAAAGAUGGGGAUAUGGGACGCAUAUGCCCAUUGCACAAGCGUCAAUGGAAGAAUGCCAGAGAGGAAUGAGAAGUGGUGUAUAACAAGUAACUUCAUAUACAAAAAUAAUUAUGGGAAAAGAGAGGAGUCGGCUACUUGGCUGAACUUUAACUUUCACAACGGAGAAAACCCAACGACCACAUCCGGUAGUUCCUACCCAAAAGUAUCACCAGUGAAAUUCUAUGUCGUCUGCACCUUUCCCCGCUUUGUGCACACUGUGAAAUCCAGAUACCACUUCAAUGGGCUAGAUCUGUUCAUUGCUCCAAAUGUCAAUACUUAUCAUGAGCAACACAGCUGCCCCGAAGGUACCGGACCAGUUUAUGGGGGCACACUCUGGUCUAUGAGGCAUGACCUAUACCAAACUGAUCUUCGCAAUAUCUCAUUCAUAUAUGGCCAUAUGGGCCGAUACGCAUGGAGAUUUAUUGGGGGUGACUAUCGUAUUUAUUCAAUCUACUCUGGAAAUGCACAAUGCGGGGUUCGCUACCCGAGUUAUCCAGACGGUCAAACAAUUCGAUCACACCAAUGGCACGACUCAUAUUCAGUAGCACUGGAUUCUCUAGAAAUCUUUUGCAAUAAUAAGCGACCGUCGUUGCUUUGCGGCAAACGCACUACUCGAAAGAUUGAAAGCUUGUGCGGAAAUUGGAAAGUUCUCGUCCACACCAAGACUUUUGAAAAGCUGACUUACAAUAAUGCCCAGGAUGCAUGCCGCAGCAACAUCGGAUUUUUCCUGCCAAGUGCAGCACUAUGGAAUAAGGUAUUGAUUGAAAUGAAGACAGGAGAUGCCGGAUGCAGACAACUUGCGGAAACGUUUGAUCAAAUCCCUCUCUGGUUCACGGUUCAUGGCAGAGAACCAGACACAAGGCAUUUUGCGUCGGUUUGUGUUGGAGCACGUUUGCUAGCCGGUUCGAUGACCAGCCGGGGUAUUCACAGGUAUGAAGGCUUUCAGUACAUUGACGAAGAAGGUCAUGUGACGUGCAAGCAGGGCUACAGAAAAUCCGUGCUCGAGAACACCCCUGCCUAUCCUUAUAAGGGAAUGUGGCAAAAUACUGCCGGUUGUUACAAGCAUGUGGGUGUACAAGGAGGAACCCAACUCAAUCAAGUAAGAGAAGACGGGUCCCGGAAGAUAUUUCAACAGUGUGAACCCGCACAAAAGGUGUCGGGAUGGGAGAGAACCUUCAAGGACGGAAAUGUCCGAUGCCCGAAAGGACAUUUGUGGAACUGUGAUCCACAUCCUGUGGUUGACGUGCGCUGUCCAUCAGUGGAGGAUGAACUCAAAAUGCAGCCAGUGUGUCACAACAACAAGCGUAUCAACUACGCUCGUUGCUUCGAUCUUGGCAAAAACGGAAUAAAUAUCGCGCACACGUAUACAGACCAAUUUUACGUGGAACGCGAGACGGCGACAUUCAAAUGUCGUUGGCCUACAUUUGAAAGCUGCACUAGCCCUCCAUGUGCAGGUGGACGUAACCAAAAUAGGGCAACUAUUGAGAGAAGCAAUAGUAAAACUUGGAGAUGGGAUAACUUGCCGAAAUGCGCGACGUUAGCAUCCCUAACUUCUGGCGGACAACACUGGUAUUACAGCCAUCUUGAGACAACAGUUGAUAGGGCUACCAUGGCGUGUGAAGACGUGGGUACAAACCUGAUGACGCUGGCCGAAGCUCAAACAAUCCGGAGUUCCAGUCUGGUCAACAACCCGAGUUUAACCCAAAAUUUCAUUUGGGUGCUCAACCCAGUCUCAAAUGUUCCGAUUGCUUUUAAUAUUAGAACUAACCAGCAGCAGAUCGACGCACUCACUGCUGAAAUCAUGUGCAAGUCAUCAACCAAACAAGCUGCAACUUGUUGGACCCAGGACAAGGUUGUACUGACUAUUCCCUACAAGCAUGUCAAUUACGCAGAAGCCAAAACCCAUUGUGAGAAUGCAGGAACAAAAAUUCCAUUACCUUUCCUGCACUUUUGCCUUGAUUCACUCACACGCUGGGCUUACUCCUAUGACCAAUAUCAGGAAGAACACUGGGUUUUGGACCAAUUCUCUUCGACAGAUGCUCGUGCCAGCGAUCUCAAAGUACAUAAGCAAACACUACAGCUUCGUGCGACUUGCUGGACAGGUACAAAUCGCCAUGAAGAUGAUAAAAUCUUUGUGAAGCACGAAUGCCGUUACCACAACCUUUACUACUUCGUAAAAGAAACAGGAUCCAAUUAUGAACUUGCCAGUCAUGAUUGUAUCCAAAGAGAUAUGGCACUACCACCAGUACAUAUCAUGCAGUGCGUUUGGCUGUUUUCCAUGAAACUUGGUUUUCCACCAGCUUGGAUGGCGGGAACAUAUGGAACGCAUGGAAGUAUCGCUAAGACCAGUGAUAACCAAGCUCGUAUUACUGGCUCUGCUAUGACCACAGUCUGUGCAGAAGCGAAAGAGUCAAGUUCUUUCUGGUAGAUAUCCAUACAUACUCUGCAGGGAGCUGGUGUUCGUUAUGCUUAGUCUGCUUAAACAACACGGAACGUACACAAGACACCAUUAUGGUAUUCUCUUCACCUGUUACAACUCACAGCAGCCAUAGUGACAGUAUGGUCAUGGAUACCCGUAUCAUCGUUGAUAGCGACAGAAUCGUAGAAAACCACCCUAUCUAACAUGCUUAGACUGCAUUUUGGUUAAUGUCAGAUGGAGGUUCCCUGCUUUUCUUCCACUCUUCCUUUCUCUGAUCUCAUAGUGCUGGUAAUAUAAUUACUGUGUGACGAAGAGAAUA